CCUUUAUACAAAUGGAAUACUCAUACAUUGUUAACAUGCUCACUAAACACAUGCGGUUCUCUUCUUUCUUUCUCAGGUUUCUGCUUGUGUUCUAUCUCGUCUCUCUCAAUGUUUUGACAGCACAGGCAUUCACGGGAACUUAUGGAGUAAACUAUGGGAGGAUAGCUGACAAUCUACCUCCACCGAGUAGUGUGGUGACCCUUCUAAAAGCUGCAAAGAUAAAAAAUAUUAGAAUCUAUGAUGCUGAUCAUGAAGUUCUCGCAGCCUUCAAAGGAUCUGGAAUUGAAAUUGUGGUUGGACUUGGCAAUGAAUUUCUCACAGACAUCAGUGUGGCCGAGGAUCGUGCCAUAAAUUGGAUAAAAGAAAAUGUACAGCCAUUCCUUCCUGGAACUUCCAUACGCGGAAUUGCAGUUGGGAAUGAGAUCUUGGGUGGUACAAAUAUGGAACUUUGGGAGGUGUUGUUGCCUGCAGUAAAGAAUGUUUACAAUGCCCUUGAUUGGUUGGACUUGGCAAAAGUGGUUCAGGUCUCAAGCCCACAUUCAGAGGCUGUUUUCGCCAAUUCGUUUCCACCAUCAUCUUGUAAUUUCAGGGAUGAUGUUCUUCCAUUCAUGAAGCCACUUUUGCAGUUCUUCUCGCAGAUUGGUUCUCCUUUUUAUAUAAAUGCAUAUCCAUUUCUGGCUUAUAAGAGUGAUCCUGAGCAUAUUGAUCUUAAUUAUGCCCUCUUCCAACCAAAUGAAGGAAUUGAUGAUGCAAAAACUAAUUUACACUAUGAUAACAUGUUUGAUGCCCAGGUUGACGCAGCUUAUGCGGCUUUAGAAAAAGUUGGGUUUGAGAAGACAGAGGUUAUUGUUUCAGAAACUGGUUGGGCUUCUAAAGGUGACGAAGAUGAAGCAGGUGCCUCGGUGAAAAAUGCAAUGACUUACAAUAAGAAUUUGCGAAAACGGCUACUAAAAAAGAAGGGUACCCCCUACAGGCCAAAGAUGGUGGCAAAGGCUUAUGUUUUUGCUUUGUUCAAUGAGAACUUGAAGCCAGGGCCAACCUCUGAGAGGAACUUUGGAUUGUUUAAAGCUGAUGGGAGCAUUGCAUAUGACAUUGGAUUCCCCGGACUUGUCCCUUCUUCAGCUACCUCAUCUCUUCUCUCUUUCAAGGGGAUUGGAUUAUCAAACUCGCUGGUUUUUUCUAUUGCUGCACUGCUGCCACUGAUAUUAACAUUAUAAUUAGUGAAAAAGUCACGGUCUUAUUUUGUUCUUCUGGAUGUUCAACCAGCUCACGGAAGAAAUUCAGGGUCUUGGAUUCAUAAUUGUUGUAACAUUACUUGUAUAGCCAAUUCAAUUUAUUCUUGUAUUAACACACAUUCUUGAAAUAGUUGAUGACUACAAAAUUGC